AAGUUAACACAUCACCGCUGAGAUUUUUUUUUACCUCACUCCGUAAAAACCGCUUUAAUCUCAGCGGGCCACAAAGUUUCCUACGUGCAAACUGACAUGAGUUUCCCCCUGCUUGGACUUUUACAACAUUGGGACUGGCGCUGAGGGACUGGAUGUCGAACAUGGCCCGAGUCGCAGCUGCGCGUUUAUCCUUGGCUCUCUUUAUUUUUUGUCAUAUCUAUUCAGGAAGGGCUCAGUAUGAAAAAUACAGCUUCAAAAGCUUUCCCCAAAACGACCUGAUGCCGCUGGAGUCUGCGUACGGACACGCGUUAGAGAUGUACACGUCUCAGGACUGGAAAGAGAGUGUUAAAUAUCUGGAGCUGAGUCUGCGGCUCCACCGGCUGCUGAAGGACAGCGAGGCUCACUGCACCCAGACCUGCAGCACUGAAACCGGGGCGCAUGAGAGCAACAGCACCGACCCCAGCCUGUGGAUCAUGGGGCACAUCAUCGCGCGAGGCGCGUGCCUGAAGAAGUGCAAAACAAACUUUCCUGUGUUCUCCAAAUCUUAUCCUAAAAGAGAGACACUGGAUGCAUUUGAACAGAGGGUUCCCUACCGGUACCUACAGUAUAUAUAUUACCAGAUGAAUGAGUUGGAGAAAGCGGUUUCAGCAGCACACACGUAUCUCCAACGAAACCCUGAUGACCCACUUUUAUCUAGGACUCUAAACUACUACAAAACCCUGUUUGAUGUGGAGGAGCAUCUCAUAGACCACGAGGAGAAGCCCUACGAGGAAUUUUUCCUAAAAGCUGUGAAGUUGUAUAAUUCAGGUGAUUUCAGUAGCAGUGCUCGGGAAAUGGAGCUGGCGGCUACAGAGUAUUUCAAAACAUACAGCUUGUGUCUGGCGUCCUGUGAAGGCUCAUACGACGUCCACGAGUUUAAAGAUUUUUACCCCACACUUGCUGAUUUCUAUUUUGAGGUUUUAAAGUGUAAAGUGAAAUGUGAGAAGAAUUUGAUGCCAAAUGUUGGUGGUUUCUUUGUGGAAAAAUUUGUCGCCACCAUGUACCACUACAUGCAGUUUGCUUAUUAUAAAUUAAAUGAUGUGCGUAAUGCAGCACCGUGUGCAGCCAGCUACAUGCUUUUUGAUGCGGAUGAUAAGGUCAUGCAGCAGAACAUAGCCUAUUACCAGUUCUACAAGGAACAGUGGGGACUGCAGGAUGAACACUUUAACCCACGACCUGAGGCACUCACAUAUUACAAUCAAACUACCAAACAGAGAGAGCUCUUUGAGUUUGCACAGAAUUAUCUUCAGACAGAUGAUGAGGACAUUGUGAGUCCAGAGGAUAUAUCAUCAGAUCCAUCCCAUCCUCCCGAUGAAGAGUUUGAAGGAGUCGGGGAUUAUGAAGAGUCCUUUCUGGCUCAAUGGUGGCAGGAACCCAAAACUAAAGGAGAUACAGGAGAACCAGCUGAAUAAAACGCAUCUUAAAAAGAAACUAUUUAAAUGUGGAGGAGAAAAUGACUCUCGUUCUUCCUCACUAGAGCAGAAAUGUACUGUACUUAUUUUAAAUGUACGUCUUUUCUGUUUGGGCUUAUGUAUUGAUGCAAUAAAGUCCCAGCAAGCAAUAGCCAUCAUUUCACCAUCUAGGUUAACUACAGAUAUAGUCAGGCAAUAAGCGACCCACUUCUUGCCAAAAUAAACGUAUAAAUAAAUUUGGUUACAUUACCAAAAUAACUUGUGAGAUGUAUGAAAUUCCAUAAUUGUUUAAGCAAAGUUAGUAGAAGGUGUCUGGUUUCAUUUAUUUAUUUAUUUUAAUUGGCUAUGGUCAGCCCAAACUUUAUUCUUGUUUAAGCCUUGACGUCUGAGGUGUAUUCCAGAAAGCGGGUUUAACUUACCAUGAGAGAAACCCUGAACUUUCGCUCGAUUAACCCAACCCCUGCUUACCCUGAUCAUGUUGGUUCCAAAACACCUGAUAACCGAGAAUUCAUGUGUGCACACGGGGAACACAAAGACAUUUUCGAUUUCAAACAUACCCGGGUAUGUCACAUAACCAUAUUCCUGAAAUACUCCUUUGGACGGCUAUCAGAUGUCUUUUAUCAGACAUUGC